AUGCGUCGGAGUGUUUACUUUAUGGGCCGCACGCUCACGCAGCGGCACCUGAACGCAUGUCGCAGUCCGCUGCUGACGGGGUAUGUUCGCCCCACGGCGACCUCCUGCACGAUGCGGGGGCUGGCGACCUCGCCGCUGUCAGUUGGCGCCCUUCUCGGGGCCUCUGCGUCUUCGGGCUCUCCAUUGCCGACGGAAGAAUUGUUUGAGGGCGCUCUCAGCCACACAGUUACCACUCUGCUUGCACGGCGGCUCAGCUCGACGUUGCUUUCCAAUUUAAUCGCUCUGCAGAAUAUCUCAACGUGCGUCAUAGCAUGCGAAAGAGUAAUGGGAUGUUGGGGCUUAUUUCUGUGUGUAUGCCCGGUGCGCUGA